UAAGCGUUUAUGUUGUUACGGCGGUAGGAUAAAUCAGAAAGCGAUUUGUGACGACAGUGUACGUUAGGGGUACUAUGUUCGUUCUUCCAAGUCAAGUUCGACAAGGAGGCAUGGAAUUUCAUUUGACGUACUACCAUGUAUGAGUGAUGCCGAGUGAGGUCUCCAGAGGGUGAUUGGUGGAUGUACCCUUGUUUUCUCUUGGCCUAUAGUAGGGGGUUUGUUUUCCCUGUUUUUGCAUGAUCCACCGGCUGUCAAUAAAUGGCUGACCCACCCCUACUUCUUGUCUAUGGUUCUAUGGUUUUCCUGACUGAGUACCCAACCCCCAACCCAUACUACCACCCAAGCCCAGUUUACUACAAUGGUGUCAGGAGUGGGAUCACCGGUUUGAGAUUGAUGCAACCCCCUACUACGUCAGAGGACGCCAGCAGGUCAAGAGGAUAAGAAGACGCAAUUAGAUAUAAGAUAUAUUAAGGUUGAAAGGUAAUUUGGUUGAAAUAAUUGAAACAAGUUAAGAAAUAGUAACUAUAUGCUGUAAGAAGUUGUAUUGUUUCAGAAUUGUCAUAGAUUUCUUUCCCCAAAUAAACCAGCAGGAUGCCUGGAGGUAAUGUUGGGACUGGGGCUGGUGCGACCCCUAGCACUAGCCUCGAAGACAUGAUUGCUUCUAUGACUGGCGCGUUUCGAAGUAUGUCUAUGGCUAGGUCAAUGCCCUCGAUGAAGUUGCCUAAGUUUAAGGGUACUCCACAGAAACCUGGUGAUUUGACUGUACGUGAAUGGUUUGAUGAGUUCGAUGAAUACUGCCAAUAUUACCAGUUAUCGGAGAGAGAGAAAGCACAAGUUCUUGUGACUCAUCUAAGUGGUCCUGCCAAGGAUGAAAUCAUGUGUAGGGAGGCAAGCCUUCGUGAGGAUCCGACCGGCCUGAGAAGGGUUCUGAUGACUCGGUUUGGCUUAAGAGAGAGUGUCCAAAGCUUGAGUAGUGAACUUCACAGCCGUGUCCAACUUGACGGAGAAUCACUUGCGGAUUUCAGUAGUGUUCUCAUCCGUUUGCAUGAUAGGAUGGAAGCAGCCGCUUCCAUACCUGAGAAGGAAGCUCUGCAAAGAUUGAGAGACAUGACCCUCAAGGAAAAAUUCGUGAGAGGGGUGCGGGACAAACAGAUCCAGAGAGAGCUGAGGAGAUCCUAA